AUGAUUAAAUUAUACAUUGACAACGAGCUAAUUGGAUUAUUCAGAGCAUUGUGCGAUUCCGGAGCAAUACCGAAUUUGAUGAAAAAUAACGUGAUGAAAUAUCGCAGUUCGAAAACGGUAAAUAUUAAUGGUGGUGUAAACGGCAUUAGUAACGAGCCAGUGCGAAUUCGAAAAAAGGUAAAUGCCAUGAUACAACCGUGGUUUGAGAACGGCAACGAGAAGAAAAUAAGCGCGGAAUUUUGGGUUUUGCCGAAAUCAUGUAAAUGGGCACCUAUUCUUCCAAAUAGAGACGUCACGUGCGACGUAAUCGUGCAAAAAUUACCGCCAAAUAUUGCGGACCCAACCUUCUGGCGAGCAGAUCACAUUUCAAUUUUAUUAGGAAUCGAAGUAUGGGCGGAAAUUAUGGAAGGGAGAUCGGAGAAAUUGAGCGAAAAAUUAGUUUCUCAGGAAUCAAUGUUGGGAAACUUAAUUUCUGGUCGUAUCGGCGAUAAAGAAAUGAGCGAUUUAGAGAAGCAAAGUUUCGAAAGAAACGUAUGUACUGUGAGCAUAAAUGAUUUGGACGACUUACUCAAAAAAUUUUGGUCAUUUGAAGACCUACCGUUGUGUGUGCAAAAGAGUCCGGAGCAUGAAUUAGUCGAGCAAAUGUACGAAAGAAGCCAUUAUCGCGAAAAAGAUGGUCGAUUCGUUGUGGCGAUUCCGAUGAAACCAACGGUGAGUGAGCUGGGUAGUUCUAGGGAAAGAGCGAAACGACGUUUCUACCAAAUAGAAGCACGUAUGGAGCGAGAUGGAGAAUUCAAAGCAAAGUACAUCGAAUUCAUGCGCGAAUAUGAGCAACUAGGGCACAUGGUUGAGGCAAAAAAUUCACCGUUACCGGGCGAAAUGGUGUACUAUUUAGCUCAUCACGGUGUAAUGAGCUCUGAAAAAUUUCGUGUGGUAUUUGACGGAAGUUGUAAGACGGACAAAGAUAUUUCAUUAAAUAGUGCUCAAUUUGUAGGUCCAAAAUUGCAAAUGGAUCUAAUCGAAAUCAUAAUGCGUUUCCGUCGCCAUAGGUAUGCCGUGAGUGCUGAUAUUAAAAAAAUGUAUCGGCAAGUAAAAAUUGUGCCAGAGCAAUGGAAUUUGCAACGAAUUUUUUGGAGGGAAAAUCGCAAUCAACCAUUAAAAGAGUAUUGUUUAGUGGUAGUGACAUAUGGUCUUUCUUCUUCGUCCUACCUUUCGGUAAAAUCAAUGCAGACAGGUGCGAGAGCAAUGUAUGAGCAAUACCCAAAAGCAGUCGAGGCGAUUGUUAACGAUUUUUAUAUGGACGAUGGAUUAACUGGUGCAGAGACAGAAGAGCAAGCGAUAACGUUGGCAAAAGAUAUGCGUACAGUGUUAGCUGGGUCUCAGUUUCCAUUGUGCAAAUGGCGUUCAAAUAGCGAUAAUUUGUUAAAAGAGCUAUCAGAGCAAGCCACUGAAUCCGUUAUUUUAACCGAACAAGGGCCAACAUCGGUGCUUGGAUUGAAAUGGAUUACAAAAACUGAUGAAUUUACUUAUGUGGUUUCAUGUGCAAAUAUUGAUGACACCAUAACAAAACGAAAAAUCUUGAGCAGAAUUGGGCAAUUAUUUGAUCCAGCUGGGUUUAUAACACCAGUAUUAGUCAAGGCUAAGAUGCUAGUGCAAUCUAUUUGGAAAGAGCAAUGCGGAUGGGAUCAUCCAGUACCGGAUCACAUUAAAGAGCAAUGGAUAAAAUUAUGGGAAACCAUAAAUGAACUGGAGAAAAUUAGAGUUCCGCGUUGGAUACGAGCAACAAAAAUAGCGAAAAUUCAAUUGCAUGGAUUUGCUGACAGUUCGUCAUUUAUUGGCAUCAAAAUCAAAGGUAGCCCCGAUAAAAAAGGUAACCAUUCCGAGAUUAGAGCUGGCGGCGGCGGAACUUUUGAAUUAUUUGUCACGGUGCGUAAGGCAAUGGGAUUAGAAGGCGCAGAGCAUUAUUUCUGGAGUGAUUCGACAAUUGCUUUACAAUGGAUAAAUCGCCCGGUGCAUGAGCUGAAAUUAUUUGUUGCAAAUAGAGUGAAAAGAAUUCAGGAAGUCACGUCGGUUCAGAACUGGUAUCAUGUGCGAACAACCGACAAUCCGGCCGAUCUAAUAAGCCGUGGAAUUUCCGUUAAGGAAAUUAUAAAGAAUGAAUUAUGGUGGCAUGGACCAGCAUGGCUUCGGGAGAAGCAAGAAAAUUGGCCGAAACCACUGGAUUUUCGUGCAAUCACAAUGCCACCUGAGUGCAAUAUAGAGCUGAAAGUGCAUAGUAUUUCGGUUCAAAGGAACGAUUUACAAAUCGGCUCUAAAACACCAAGUGGGGUUAAAAUAGUUAAACUGAUAAACUAUACAAAUAACUUGAGCAAAUUACUGCGCAUAACUUCAUAUGUUAUGCGAUAUUGCAAAAGAUUGAGAGAAAAAAAGUUGUGCAAACCCAAGUUUAUAAUCAAUCUAGAGCAAAUAAAAGAAUUGGUUGAAUUACCAGGUCAAGAGGAAUUGGCAAGAGCAUUGUGUUAUUUCGUAAAGAAAGAGCAAGAAGUUUCAUAUGGGAAGGAACGUAAAGUGUUGAGCGAGCAUUCAAACUCAAAUGAAAUUGAAAAAUCAAUUAACUGUCCCGACGGUAGUACACUACUUGCAUUGCGUCCAUUCAUGGAUAAAGAGCAAAUAUUACGCGUCGGAGGGCGAUUGGGCAACGCAGAAAUUCCAUAUGAUAUGAAGUAUCCGAUUAUCAUUCCAAACGGUUCACGUUUAAGUGCGUUGAUAAUCGAAAAAACACACCAGGAAACGCUUCACGGUUCAGUGCAACUAAUGACACAGGUUAUUAGACGUAAUUUUUGGAUCCCAAAAUUACGAAACGAGCUAAGAGCCUACAUACAUAAAUGUGUGACAUGUGCGCGAUACAAUAAGAGCUUUGAAACACAGCUAAUGGCCGAUUUACCAAAAGAGCGCAUAAAUCAAAACAGAGCGUUUUUGCACACAGGUGUCGAUUACGCCGGCCCAUUGGAAAUAGCAGAGCGCUAUAAGAGCAGAACGAAUAAGCGAAAAUGUUGGAUCGCUAUAUUCGUAUGUAUGGUAACACGGGCAGUGCAUAUCGAUGCUGUAACGGAACUUUCUUCAGCAGCAUUUAUAGCCUGUUACGAACGCUUCAUAGCGAGGCGAGGGCAUUGUAAUAGAAUGUUCAGUGACAAUGGAACAGCAUUCAUCGGUGCAAACAAAGAGCUGAAGAUUGCAUUCAAGCAUUGGAUAACGCCAGAUAGUAUCGAGCAUUUGAACAAAAAGGGCACGGAAUGGAAAUUCAUGGUACCGGCUGCACCACAUCAAGGCGGCAUUUAUGAAGCUGCCGUCAAAUCCAUGAAGUACCAUUUGAAACGUAUUUUGGGCGCAAAGUGCUAUUCUUACGAAUACCUAAUUACCUUCUUGAGCAAAAUAGAGGCUGUGCUAAAUUCGCGACCAUUAUACGCGUUGUCGGACAAUCCAACGGAUUAUAGCGCCUUAACACCCGGGCACUUUUUAAUCCAGGAAUCAUUUAUUUUACCUCCACCAAUUUCGGCGCCAGCGCAAACAAGUACUUCAUUAAAGAGAAUAUUCGAAGAGCAAUCAAAUAUGUUAAAUCAUUUUUGGAAGCGAUGGCACAACGAAUAUUUAGCGCAUUUGUUACCGCGCAAAAAAUGGAGGCAAGAGCGAGAGCCAAUUAAGGUAGGGCAAUUAGUAGUCGUCAAAGACGAAAAUUUACCACCAGCUAGAUGGCUUUUGGGCAGAAUAAUAGAGCUGAUACCUAGCAGAGACAAUUUGGUUCGUUCGGUGGUUAUCAAAACGCAGAAAAACAAUAAAUUAACACGAGCUGUGCAAAAAUUAUGCAUAUUGCCGAUUGCAUCGGAUGAAGAGCAACACACUUCCGAGAAACAAUAA